UACACAGGCUGCAUUUGGAAGUGUAUAAUUCAGUGAUUCCCAUCAUGAAAUCAUCAAAUACAUUAUUGCAAUCUUGUCUUAUUUCUAUCUGUGCCUUCGGGUCAAACGACACGUUCGAGGAGCUGAGUGACGCAUCUGACAGAUCAUAAGCUGCAACCUGCACGUACAGUCGCUCAGUUCAGCACCCGCCCUCUUUGCUCAGCCCUGGGUCCUAAUAACUCAGUGUGUUGCUUGUGUCAUUGUUGUAACUCGAGGAAAAGUUAGAUAUCAUAUUGGCGUUGCAGCAGGAUGGUUUUGAAGGCUGUUGUCGUGGGGUGCCUCGCUGUUCUUGGCGCGGCAGCAGCUCUUCGCGUCUUCGGGUUCUGGACCGUGUUGGUGGGGCUCGGGCUCUGUCUGGUACCGAGGAGAUCCAGGGGGUACAUCCAUGUGGCUAUAUCCACCAUCAGGAGAGAUCUCAGGUGUCUGUUUGUCAUACGAAAAGUGAAGAGGUCCAUGUACCAUCACCUCAGGAACAAACACACAAUCCCUGAGUUGUUUGUUCAGACAGCGCUGAAACAUCCCAACAAAACUGCCCUCAUCUACGAGCCCACAGGAGAGAGUUGGACGUUCGGUGUGCUGCUGGAGGAGUGCUAUGCUGUGGCACACUGGGCUCUGGGGCAGGGCUGGAGCGAGGGGGACGUGGUGGCACUGUUUUUGGAGAGUUGUCCCACAGUGGUGCCUCUGUGGAUGGGGCUGGCCAUGGUCGGAAUUGAAGCGGCUUUUAUCAACUCCAACCUCCGACUGGACCCUCUGCUGCACUGUGUGCGCGUGUCAGGGGCCAAAGCUCUGGUGUUUGGGACAGAGCUAACUGAAGCUGUGCAGGAGGUGAGCAACUCUUUAGAGUCUGAAAUCAUUUUAUUUCGUUGUGGACAAGAGCAAAAAGAGAUAAAAAGUCUCCACAUUCACAACUUGGACGAGCUGUUGUCCCGAUCAUCAAAACACAAACCCACCUACACCCUCAAGAAAGACUUUAACGAUGUGUUGUUCUACAUCUAUACUUCAGGAACAACAGGAAUGCCUAAACCUGCUGUAGUGGUGCACAGUCGAUACUUCCGAAUCACUGCUUUUGGUUUUCACUCUUUUGGUUUAAAGAGCUCUGACAUACUCUACAAUUGCUUGCCUCUCUAUCACUCUGCAGGGACCAUAAUGGGAAUGGGUCAGUGUGUGCUAUUUGGUAUGACUAUUGUAAUGAGGAGGAAGUUUUCUGCCAGCCGCUUCUGGGUCGACUGUGUCAAACACCAAUGCACUGUUAUCCAAUACAUAGGAGAGAUUUGCCGGUACCUGGUCGCUCAGCCGGUUCGACAGUCUGAGGCUCAGCACCAAGUCCGUGUUGCCUUUGGAAACGGCCUCCGACAGUCCGUGUGGGAGGAGUUUGUCCGGAGAUUUAAGAUCCCUAAAAUUGGCGAGUUUUAUGGUGCAACAGAAUGUAAUUGUAGUCUCAUAAAUAUAGAUGGAAAGGUUGGAGCGUGUGGGUUCAACAGCCGUAUUUUGCCCAGUUUUUACCCUGUAAGGUUGAUGCAGAUCCAGGAGAAUGGAGAGAUGCUCAGGGAUAAACAAGGGCUUUGUGUGCCUUGUCAACCAGGUCAACCAGGCAUGUUGGUUGGACGCAUUAACAACAUAGAUCCACUGAGGAGAUUUGAUGGUUAUGUCGAUAAGGAUUCGACCAAUAAGAAAAUAGCUCAUAAUAUUUUUAAGAAGGGAGACUCUGCUUACAUCUCAGGUGAUGUAAUGGUGAUGGAUGAGUAUGGCUACAUAUAUUUCAGAGACCGCAGUGGAGACACAUUUCGUUGGCGAGGGGAAAACAUUUCGACCACAGAGGUAGAGGGCGUCCUGAGCACUCUACUGGGACAUGCUGAUGUUGCAGUUUAUGGAGUCUCUGUACCAGGUGUUGAAGGAAAGGCUGGUAUGGCUGCAAUUGGUCACACAGGAGAUUCAUUUGACCUGGAUACAUUUUUAAUAAACGUAAAGAAGUCUCUACCCUCUUAUGCACGCCCACAAUUCCUUCGUCUGAUGUCUGUCGUCGAAACCACAGGCACCUUCAAAAUAACUAAAACUAAAUUGCAGCAAGAAGGAUACAAGCCUCAGAACUCAAGUGAAAAGAUGUAUUUCCUGGAUACUCAAGCUGAUCGUUAUGUGGAGGUCACCGAUGCACUGUAUCAAGAUAUUACAGAGGGAAGAAUUUACCUAUGAGACAGACUGAGAGCUUGUAAUAUUAUGUGUAUUAAAAAGAUGUGAAACAUAGUGUAAAAUAUAUUCAAAUGUUUUUUAUACUAAAUGUAUUUUCAGCAAUGGAGUAUUUUGUAAUUUUUCAAAUGAUGGUUCCGGGUCAAUGGGUCAAAUGGGAAAGGAAUUCACAACAAUAUGGUGCCCCCCUCAAAAAAUUAUAUUGAAAUUUGUACUUAUUUUAAAAGUUUAUAUAGCAAUAGUUCAGUUUUGUUCAGUUAACACAAUUUAGACAACAAUGUUUUUUACAAGACAUUUUUAUUAAUUAUGCCCUGGCAAUUAGAGUUUUAUCAUCUCAUUACAAUGCUAAAUAUGUUUCAUUAACAUCAUAAAAUACAAGCUUCAUAUGUGUCAUAUUAUUAAAAUGACUUUAGUUGAAGAGUUACAACUUAACAAGGCCGCAACCUGCAUUUUGUCAAUUUUAUCCAUGUUUAAUCUGAUUGCAGGCGUCAGUGUUUUUCUUCUGUUGUAAUCUGAACAGAGACACGUGGUACUCAUCAGAGAACAGUAUCUUUUCUGGAGUUUGUUUGAACAUUGGUUUAGUUUUAAUAAGGCCAUUUUUGACAAUACGUUUCUUUGUUUUCUUCUUCUUUUCUUGGUUGUCAGAAUCUGUCUUAGAAUCACCUAUUUCAUGGGUUUCUGUGAUAAAAUCUUCUACAAUAUCCCCUUCCAAAGUGACACUGACAGUGGCUUCAUUUGGCACAAUAGAGAGACUUCCAGUGUGAGAUAUAGUUUCAAAAUAUGGGUAAACGGUCUCAGUGAAGUUAUGAUUGAAUAUAAAAAUGUUUGUAUCCAUUUCUGCAUUUUGAAACUCCAGAAUACCACUGUCAAAGUUGAGUCUCACAUGGAUCCUCUUCAGUGGAUUGGAGGCGCUGUAAGGCAGGGUCUGGGCAGGCGUAGUGAGGGCUAGAUACUGGCCGUCCCGUAAACUGAUGCACCAAAGACCACAUUCAGGACAUGCCUCAAAUGGGACUUGUCUCUGGAUGGACUGGGACGCCACGCCCACUGUCCAGUUAUCACACUCACCAACCUGUACAAAUCAAUAACCAAUUGUUUAAUAACUUAUAUCAUGU